AUGACACGACUAGAAAUGUUCGGAUUUUUUCUUGCUCUAUGUUACGUCUUGAUCUCGGCGGAUGAACAGUGCGCGUGGUAUGGUGAGUGCGGAAUAGAUCUAGAGACAAUGUUUCCACGGACUUGCGUAGCAAAGAAUAAGGCCCAGCCGAUCAACGAUUUGACGGCCGAAGCUGUUUUGUUGAAAAGAUGUCCGCAUUUCUUCAAAAAUGGCGAGCCGCCGGAGCGAACAUGCUGCGAUGCCAAUCAAAUCCUUACAAUGGAUACGAGCAUGGAUAUGGCGGAAAGCGUUUUCGGCAGGUGUCCAACUUGCGUAAGAAAUAUGUUUCGACUGAUUUGUGACUUCACAUGUAGCUCCGAACAGGGUCGAUUCGUGAAGGUAACUGAUAAAGGCGAAGAAGAUGGCAUAGAGUAUGUCAUCGAAUCUCAGGUUCACACCACGGAAGCAUUUAUAAAUGGAACUUAUGAUUCUUGCAAAAACGUUAUCAAUCCUACCAGCGGAAAUUUGGCCAUGGACUUAGGUUGUGGCACACUUGGAGCUAGUAAAUGCUCUCCAAAAUUAUGGUACGACUACUUGGGCAGACUGAACCCUUUCAAGCCUUUCGUGAUUGAAUAUAUUUACGACUCAGCUGACGAAUGGGGUGACGAACCAUGGAAUAUAACAACCAAAAAUUGCAGCGAGGUUUAUGACAACUCAUCUAAAGUCUGCAGCUGCGUUGACUGUCCCAUCGCGUGUCCCUUCGUACAAUUAGACAUUAAUGAAAACAAUACAUUUAUGAUUGGUGAAUUUAAUGGCUAUGGAGUCAUAGCGGCUGUACUUGUCAUUUUGAUUACAAUUAUAAUAGGUGGCAUAUACACAGUGAUCAAGAAACGUAAAAACGGUUCUUUCAAGACACCAGCAAAACAGACAGACAGAAACUGUAGGCAAAGCUACCAAAAAGUCUUCGAAGUAGCUUUCGCUGCUUGGGGGUCAGCGUUCGCCAAGUAUCCUAUUAUUACUUUGUUCACUAUUUCGUGCAUCAUUCUGGGUUUGAGUUAUGGAAUCAAUUACCUCUCAGUAACGGUAAACCCCAUAGAAAUAUGGGCGGCAGCGAAUAGCAGAGCGAGGAUAGAAAAGGAUUAUUUCGAUAGUCGUUUCCAGCCGUUUUAUCGAACCGAGCAGAUCUAUAUAAAGUCUGUUGGUCUUGACAUGGUAAAGCACAAUACUGCAAUAGGAGUUAUAGAGUUUGGUCCAGUGUUUAACGAAGAAUUCUUGUUAGACGUAUAUGACCUGCAGCAGCAGAUUCUUCAAUUAGGCCAAGAAACCGGCGAAGGACUAGAAAAGAUCUGCUAUGCCCCUGUACAAAGCGAAUUUAUCGGACCAGUUACUCUUGAUCUCUGUACUGUGCAAAGUAUAUGGGGAUAUUUUCAAAAUGACUACACUAAGUUUAAUAAAACAGAGACGGAUAUCGACGGAAAUGUAGUUAAUUACUUGGACUAUUUGUACAAAUGUCUGCAAAAUUCGUUUAAUCCAGAUUGCAUGGCGCCAUACAAGGGACCCAUAAUACCUGAUUUAGCGGUUGGAGGUUUUCUGAGAGAAGGACAAUUUCAAUACGAGUCCUCGGAUUACAUUAAAGCGACCGGAUUAAUUUUAACGUUUCUGGUCCGAAAUUCGCUUAAUGAGAAGGAUCUCAUGCCGGUCAUCAAAUGGGAGCAACGUUUUCUUGACUUUAUGGAAAAAUGGAACCGAGAUGGUCGACCUGAUUCCAUGGACGUCGCAUGGACUACCGAAAAAUCGAUACAAGACGAAUUGGAUAGAUCAUCGAAAGCAGAAAUGAUAACGGUGGUUAUCAGUUAUCUUGUUAUGUUUGUUUAUGUCGCCUUAGCUCUCGGUAAAAUGAAGGCUUCCGUUAUUGGCUGUUUCACUGAAAGCAGAAUUGUAUUGAGUGUCGGUGGAAUCAUUAUAGUAAUAGCAUCAGUCGCUUGUUCUCUUGGUAUUUUCGGCUAUAUUGGCGUACCAACUAGUUUGCUCACAAUCGAGGUAAUUCCGUUCUUAGUGUUAGCUGUCGGCGUUGACAAUAUUUUCAUUUUGGUGCAAAAUCAUCAGAGAAAUCCACGGACCAUCGACGAAACAAUUCCAGAGCACAUCAGUAGAGUUCUGGCUGCAGUCGGACCUUCAAUGCUGCUUACCAGUACAUCCGAAUGUUUCUGUUUCCUCAUUGGGGCAUUUUCCGCAAUGCCAGCGGUAAACACCUUCGCGAUGUACGCCUCGGUAUCAAUUUUAAUUAAUUUCCUCAUUCAAAUAACAGCCUUCGUUGCUUUACUGUCGCUCGACUCUCGGAGAGCUGAGAAUAAUCGUCUGGACGUUUUUUGCUGCGUUUCCGUCGAGAAUAGCUCGAAUGUCGACGAACACGAUGGUAUCAUUCGCACAAUCUUCGAGCGGACCUAUACGCCGUUUCUGAUGAAAACGCCGGUCAGAGUUGUUGUCAUAGUGAUCUUCGUCGCCGCUCUCGCUACUCAUGUGAUAGUCUUUCCACAGAUGGAAAUUGGUCUGGACCAGAAGCUCUCGAUGCCCGAAGACUCUUAUGUUCUCAAAUAUUUUACGUAUAUGGAAGAUCUUUUAUCGAUGGGACCACCUGUAUACUUUGUGCUGACAGAAGGCCUGAAUUACAGCAAGAAGGAAGUACAGAACAUCAUAUGCGGCGGUCAAGGAUGCAAUACGGAUUCUUUAUAUACACAGAUAUAUUCGGCUGCUAAACAAUCCUCCGUAUCCUAUUUGUCUAGAGCGGCUUCAUCUUGGAUAGACGAUUAUCUCGAUUGGUCGUCGAUUAGUAGCUGCUGCAGAUAUUACAAGAACAAUCAAUCUUACUGUCUGCACACUAAUGGUGACUGUGAGCCUUGCUUGAUUAUCAUUGAUCAAGAUACCUCCCGUCCGAACGAGACAGGUUUCAGGAAGUAUAUCCCGUACUUCGUGAACGACAUUCCAGACGAAAAAUGCGCCAAAGCUGGCAAAGCUCUUUAUUUCGACGCAAUAAACUUUUAUUAUGAUGAGUUUGGUCUGACAAAUGUGAACGAUUCGUAUUUCAUGGGUUACCAUACGCCCUUAAAAAAAUCUUCCGAUUGGUACGAGGCGUUGCAAGCUGCUCGGAUAAUAUCAGAAAACAUCACAAAUACAAUAAAUAAUGCUAAAAUGUCUGAUCAAGAAGUCCAUGUAUUUCCAUAUAGUGUAUUCUAUGUGUUCUACGAGCAAUAUUUAACUAUUUGGCAGGAAACCUUAUCGUCGAUAGGUUUAUCCCUUGCUGUGAUCUUCGUAGUGACACUUUUCCUCACAGGAUUAUCAGUAUUCUCUACAGUAACAGUCGUUGUUACUGUCUUGAUGAUAAUAAUCAAUUUGGCUGGCCUAAUGUACUGGUGGAACAUUAGUUUGAACGCAGUUUCUCUCGUCAAUUUAGUUAUGGCUGCUGGUAUCUCCGUAGAAUUUUGCAGUCAUAUAGUGCACUCCUACAUUACUUCUGUAGAAACAACAAGAAUCAGUAAAGCAUCGGAAGCCCUUUCCCUCAUGGGAAGUUCUGUAUUCUCCGGGAUUACUUUAACCAAAUUCGUAGGAAUUGUGGUAUUGGCGUUUGCGAAGACACAGAUUUUCCGAGUUUUUUAUUUCAAAAUGUAUUUGGGAAUUGUUCUGUUCGGAGCAGCUCAUGGUUUAAUAUUCUUACCAGUGUUAUUAAGUUUUAUAGGUGAGUAUUACAUAAUCACAUUGAAGUUGCUAACUUAUUUUUAA